AUGCUCGUCUCCCUCUCCCGCUCAGUCUCUUGCAAUCCAAGGUUCAGAGCUCUCCAGCCGUCCAGCGCAGCCAUGGUUCUUCAUCAAGCCGCAUUCCUUGUGGCACUCGUCGCCGCCGCCUCCACUUGGUCGUCGUCGUCGGCGAGCUCCUGGACGUGGACGACGAGCGCACCCGCCGCAUCGUGCUCCGGCGCGGGAACCUUCGCGGCCGACAGCGCGUUCGCGGGCAACCUCCACCGGCUGAUGUCCCUCCUCGAGGCCAAGGCCCCCGCCGCCGGGGGGUUCGACAUCGCCACGGUGGGCGCCGAUUCCGGCGGCGGCGAGCGCGUGCACGGCCUCGCGCUGUGCCGCGGCGACGUGGCGCGCGCUGCGUGCGCGCGGUGCAUCCGGUCCGCGCGGUCGCACGCGCGGCGCGUGUGCGCGCACAAGACGGACGCCGUCGUCUGGCUCGACGCCUGCACGCUCCGCUACUCCUCGGCCCCCUUCUUCGGCGAGGUCGACCGGGACCACCGCGCCUUCGCGCCCGACGUCGUCGCGCUCCGGGGCGCUGCGGCGGCGAGGUCGGCCGAGCUCGACAGCGACGUCGCCGCCCUGCUGAAGCGGCUCACCAGGACGGCGUACCUCUCGCCGCUGCUGUUCGCCGCUGGGGACGCCGUGACAACGGCGGCCGGCGGCCAGCAGCAGAGGCUGCGCGCCAUGGCGCAGUGCACCAAGGACCUCUCCGGCGGGGACUGCAAGGCCUGCCUGGAGGCCGCCAUUGCGCAGCUGAUGGCUAGGGGGUGCGCGCCGGAGGGCGUUAGGGUGCUGGGCGGAAGCUGCAGCCUCAGAUACGAGCUGUCCCCGUUCUUUGACUCCUAA